AUGCGCUCGCCGCAGCUUGAGGACGCGAAAGGCAUCCCGGAGGAGUUUGCCGAAGCGGUGAUGCAGGUGCUGCUCGGGCUGAAAAACUACAGCGCCACCGAGGACUACAGUGCGCCGUACCUGAAGCCGGUGGUGGCCCGCAUCUACCCGCUGUUCAUCCUGCUGUACGCGAUACCGACCGCCCUCGGGCUGACGCUCAACGUCAUGAUCAUCGUGUACAUCAGCAAGUACAAGCUGUUCCGCGACGUGACGCACGCGUUCAUCGUCAACCUCGCCGUCUGCCACUGCGUUCAGUGCGCGUUCGUGCUGCCGAUCACGCUCAUGGUGAUGCUGAUACACAACUGGGUGUUCGGCCAGUUUCUCUGCUUCUUUCUGCCGCUUCUGCAGGACAUUCCCCUGCACGUGGCCAUGCUGUCACACCUACUGAUCGCCUGGGACCGGAAACGGUGGUUGACUGAUCCGCUGAAGGUGCGCCUUCCAGCGUUCGUUUGCAGCUGCGCCUCGUGGUUGGCCGGCUUGGUCAUCGCUCUGCCGUACCCGAUCUACACCACCUUCCUGGAUCUGGAGCCUUACCUGCCGGGAUUUGCGGGCGUCGGCAUUUGUGCGGUGAACUUGGUCGACGACAUGCAGGAGUACAUGCGGGGGCUUUUCGUCAUCAUGUACUGCGCCCCGAUGUCCCUGUUGGGCUAUCUCUACAUCCGCACGUCGCGCGAGCUGCGCCCACCGGACGGGCCCCUCUCGAUAAUGAUGUUCGAAGCACGGGCGGAGGCACGCAGCCGACAAAUACGGCUGUCCACCGGAUGUCAGGCGGGUGGCGGGGCCAGUUCCAUCGGUGGCUCCACCAACCCCGCCUCAACAACGUCCGCCGCCGCCUCCGCCACGCUCGGCGGCAGCUCCCGCACCUACGACCUGUACGACGCCGAGGCGGACGUGAACCGCGAAAAGCGAACGCAGCGCCAUCUGGGGGCGAUGGCAUCGUCGCAGGUGCUGUGCGUCUGCCCGCUAAUGAUUCUCAGACUGGCCCGGAUGACGGUGGCGGAGACGUACGAGAAUCAGGCACACUACGACAUCACCUUCCUGAUGUUUGUCUGGAUCGCCUUCCUGCCGACCAUCAUCGUACCCUGGAUCUACGCCUCCUGGGUGCUCUCGAAACCUACAAAGGAACGACUGAGAGGGUACUUGCGCCUGUCGUCGCGCCGCAACACCGGCACCCGCUCGGAGCAGUCCCUCGACGACCCAGGCAGUACUCCGCCCGGGCAAGCGUCAAAGAAGGCACUGCCGCUGGCGACCCCGAUGCCAUCGAUCGGACCAGCUGCCGGCGCCAUCAGUACCGCUGACACCACCGGCUCAUCGCACCGCCGCUCGACCUCUGGUCGCUCCGGACGGGGGCCCAUCCUAAGCGCCGACCGCUUGCACCUUCAGGCGGACACGACCGCCACAACCUCCAUGAUGCACGAUGACUCCAAGUCGCCGGCCAGCAACAGUGCGCGCACCGUCGAGACGACCAUCUCGCGCCAGUCUUCGAUGGCUGGCCGGCCCCGCCGCCAGCUGCCCCCUCCGCUGCGUAUCGAGGAAAGCAACUUCCACCGGACGCCUUCGGUGCAGUCGGGUCGAACGCCAUCGUCGGGGGUCAACGCCGCCGCCCACAACUCGUCGAUUCGCUCGACGGCGAGCCGGGUGAGCAGCACCGCGCCCCUCUACCGCCGCUACAGCCGCUCGCAGCCGCAGCCACCCUCGAUGCCCGACGACGAUGCCGGCGAUGACGUCAGCUCGCUCGUCGGCAACAGCUCCGAUGUGACGUCGAGCACGUACUGCGUGCUGCCGGAGUCGGCCGCUCACUACGUCAACGAUCCGCUCAGUGUGGCACCGGCCCACCGACACCUCAGCGGCUCGAGCGCCACCUACCGGCGGCGCAGCUCCGCACAAACACAGGCGUCCCACCUGUCAGCGCAGAGUCACGCGACGAGCGCCUCGAGUGCCAGCAGGGGACGACGUGGGAGCGCCGGGACGGAGGAUCGCGAGGCCACCGACGAGCUGCUGGCCGACGACGACGUGUCGGAGAUAUUCAGCUCCGUCUCGCAACCGUCGGCACGCAAACCGGUCGGCAUUCUCAAGGCGACGCCCUCGAUUGCGUCCAUCAGCGAGAGCGAGUACUCGUCGCGCAAGGGCUCGUUCAGCACGCUGUCGCGCGACCUCGAGAUCAUCGACCAGCUCGAGCGGGAGCGCAGCAUGGACAUCCAGGAGAUGAUACAGCGCGAAAAGUCCUACGAGCAGUACCUGGUGCGCCAGAACUCCAAGCUCAAGUUCUCCACCAACUUCGACGAGUACUUCGAGUCGGCGGCGGUUCGGGAAGCUGCGGCGGCGGCGUCCGGUGGUGCAGGUGACGGUUCGCCACAACCUUCGCACCAGGGAGGGAGCGCGCAGCUACCCCUGCAGCCUAUGCAGGCCGCCGGCACCGUAGCGCAGCUUCCUACACCCGCUUCCCGAGGUGGAAGUCUAUCGCCCCAUUCGCGGGCCCGCUCACCAAUGCAUCGGCGCAGUAGCCAGCUGAGUGGUCCACCGGCGUCGGCAGGAUACGCGGGUGAGAUGGGCGUUGGUGAGCGGCAACAGGCCGCCUUCGGACCACGCCGCUCAAUCGAGCUGGAGCGGCGCUUCCAUCGCACCUACUCGACCAGCGGCUCCACGCGAAGCGGUUCGACGAGAUCCCGCGACCGGAUCACGUUCCAGGAUCAGGUCUGAGGGUUAGCCGGCGGGGAUGCAGGCCACGUCGGGCACGAAUGUGUCUCGCGGACCAUCUCCGAGGAAGCUGCCGACCCGAGACGGACCCGAGACUUGCUGGUUUAAGCUUGCCGUGAGUCAAGCACUCAGGUACUAACCUAAGCUUGAUGGUUUCACACAAUACCCAACAUCAAAAGAGUAAGGUGGUGGUGACUUCAGAAGAUCGCUUGGUUGUUGAACUGUAGGUUAAUACCAAUCACCAGUCACUGGUUUCAAACUCUUGUGGGCUUGGAGGAUCAUAUCAGGCUAGGUCUAUUGGAUUUGAGGACUAAAACAAGAGCCAAGCUAUGAACUUCCAAGAAUAAGGAGGUAUCAUUCUAACCCUGUAUGAACUGAAUCCAAAUGCUUCGUAGGUAAUCCCCAUUGACCAUACAGUUCGUCCCGAGGUGAAUCCCUGUAACUUCACCAUAGUAGUCCAAACUGAUGUAAAGUGCAAGUAAGCGGGAACUCAAACAAACCCUUAGUACAACCUUCCUGUUUUUUUAACCUGACUUACUAAGGAUUACAGUUGAUAGCAUAUCCUACAUACAGGCGCACACCAACACA